CCUGUGUUUCCUUUUUCUUACACCAGCCAGUCGGUGGAUUUUCGCUUUAUUUUCGUGGCGUGACACUGAAGCAGCGCGUCUUUUACAGGAGCCCACACAACCUUUAAAAAGCGAGCGACAAAACUAGACGAACCUCACUCAUUCAAAGCGGAAGAUCACUGCGAUCUGGACAACGUUUUUGCCUUUUCUGAAGUUAAACACGUGGUUUAACAAUUUCUAGACCGCAGCCAGUGUUUAGUCUACUAGGUUUGUCUUUGACUUGUCGUGAGUCUCUGUUGAAGUCGUCUGAGAAGCUGCAGGAGCAGCAACGUUGACUAUUCCCACUUUUUUUUUUCCACUGCUGCCACUUUGAUUUCAUCUACAGUUGGCGCUCUCAGUGUGCAUUUGGCCUGCCUUGACUUCCCUGUCAGGGUGUCUGCUAUUUGUGCUAGAGGACGUAGACUCAUACAGACGCCGCACAGCCAGCUGCACCGGCCCCCUUCGCGCCCAACCCCUGCGCUAUGAGCAGAGGUAGAGGAGGGCCUUCCAAAGAACACUUCCACAGGCACCCACCACCGGACCUCCACGCCAAAGAGAAUUACCACAGGCCUGGCCCAGCCUCAAUCUACCCUAGACCUGGCCCACAGCAGGACCCAUAUUCAAGAUACUACCCCAGUCCUGCCCAUCUUGUAGGGCCCAUACAGCCUCCACCUGCCUCUCUCAGUCCCUCCGCUCCACCUAUUCCAAAUCACUGUACAGGAGCCCCUAAACCAGUGGCUCAUAACAGCUCAUAUAAUCCGAGUCACGGCCCUGGUCCUGUUCCUAAUUCCUUUCUAUACCAACAGGCAGAGUUCCUUAGAGGACAGAGCUCCGAGGCACCCCAGUUUAGAGGCAGUCCACGUGGAGGCAGAGGGGGAGUAGUACCUGGAGGGCCGCCUAGCUCCACAUACCAGCCCCAGUCGGACUAUAGUAGAUAUCCAAACAACAGUAGCCAUAGGGGUAGAGGGGGGUACAGUCAAGAACAGAGUUUUGGAUACCCAACCACCUUAAGAGCCCCGCGAGGCACCCCAGGCCCUCGACACCUGAGUCAAAACCAAUCACAAGGCAAAAACCACAAUCAGUACUCCGACAGAAAAUGGCGUGUCCAAACGGACUGUUUAUAUGAGAAUUUUCAGAGUUUGUCCCUUCAUCGAGACAGGCCUAACAGAGGAGGAGAAAGGUUUGACAGACCCAAUGUAUCCAGUAGCUUAGCAAAUUUGAGCUUUAAUAAAGUCACUCCUGGCGUUGAGGCGCAGGUCCACAGUGCUUUGGCUGCUUUGAAACCCAGUGAGAGUGUCUCUGCAAAAUUAUUAGCCAGAAAGCUGCAUCUGCCCAAAAAGAUAGUCAACCAGGUCCUAUACUCUUUGGAGCGCUCACAGAAAGCCUCUAAGCAAGGACUCUUCCCUCCUGAGUGGACUCUUUACAGAGAACCUGUCAGAGGCGAGGAAGAUCAAGACUCUAAAGUACAAAGUCCACCAUCCCAUCUGUGUGUGAGCUCAGAACACCCUGCUGAAGUGAAGGUUGAGCUAAAAACAGAAACAGCAGGAAACUUGGGACAGGUCAGAGACGACAACUCUGACACAGAAUCCAGUUCUUCUAACUCCUUCUCUUUAGAGUCAUCUGACUCUGAGGAGUUCCGGUCAUCAGCAAGAGGUUGGCACCAGGAGAAACAAUAUCCGGGCACUACUAGUCCCCCUGAUCAGGAACUGAAGCUUCCCACAAUGGCUGAACAGAAGGAGCUAGUCCUACAGUAUCUCCUGCGUUCACAGGAGGCUACUGCUCUCUCCAUAGCAAAAAACAUUGGUUUAAGGACUACCAAGCAGGUCAAUCCCACCCUCUAUGCCCUGGAGAAGCAAGGUGAGAUCAUUAAGAAUGGAGAAGUUAACCCUCCCACCUGGGAGCUCUCCAGCCACCGCAGAGAGAGGAUGGAGAGAAGCAUUAAAGCCGCACAGAGCCUCCCAACUGAAGAGAGUAAGAUGGAGUUAGAGGCCAAUAGAGAUGAGGGAGUAGGGUCCGUGCUUUUGUCAUCAUCACCAUUACCACCAGUACCAGGCCUGGAGCCACUGCCACUUCCAGAAGGUUGGAUGCCAGAGCAAAGUCAGAGUGAAGUGUGCCAAUCCUCUGCUCUAGCGCCCACUUCAAUUUUAUGUAAAGAAGACGAUCCCGCCGAAGGACAGUGGGCCACUGAUGACAUCCCAGAAUUCCUCAAUGCCAUUCGCAGAGAGACGGACGCCGAGAAACUGGCAGCGGAGAAGGCCAACACUGUGGGAACUGUAGCCGUGUCACUGGCCGCUCCACCUCCCCAGAACCUGUGGGCCAAAUUACAGGAGGUGAGGCUGAAGAACCCUGUCAGCGGCCUCAUGGAGUACGCCCAGUAUCUGGGCCAGAACUGUGAGUUCCUGCUCCUUGACCAGUCGGGACCCUCUCACGACCCAAGAUUCCGUAUGCAGGUGAUGCUCAACGGGAGGCUGUUUCCUGUCGCAGAAGCUUCCAGUAAGAAAGUUGCAAAAAAGGACGCCGCUGCUGCAACCCUGCGCAUCCUCAUAGGAGAGAUGCAGGGAGGGGCAAGCACAGGAGAAGAAGGAGGGACUGCCGGUAUGGACCAAGUGAUGGCUCUACUCACAGAUACCAGUGGACCAGCUGAAGACAUGGGGGGGAUUUGUGGGAUAGGGAUCGGCGAAGGAACUCGCCAGCCACUGUCCCGCUCUCUCCCUGGUGGGAAGAAUCCUGUGUCUGUCCUAAUGGAGUACAGCCAGCGCAGCGGGAACCCCAUUGAAUUCAUCAUCACUGGGCAGGCAGGCCCACCACAUGACCCAAGUCGCUUUCCUGUGUUCAGGUUCAUGUAUAGGGUGAAGGUCGGAGACAACUUGUUUCCAGAGGCCUCAGCACCAAGCAAAAAGGCAGCCCGCCAGCUGGCUGCAGAAGAGGCCGUGAAAGAAUUAAUGGCUGACGGGAGACUGCAGCUCAACAAGCCUCAGUUGCCGCUGGGCUCUUCGAGUGAUAGUGAUGGCAGUGGUUCUGGGACUACAUGUCCCUCUUUGCCUCCUCUGACUGCAGACGAGUUGCGAGCAGCACACGAGGCAGGAGUUGGGGACCUCAUCAACCAUCUGAACAACAAUGCAGUGUCAGGUCUUCUCGAGUAUGCUAGAGCUCGGGGAUUUGCUGCUGAGAUCCGACUGGUCGGUCAGUCUGGGCCAGCACACGAGCCUAAGUUCACCUACCAGGCCAAACUGGGUGGACGCUGGUUCCCUCCAGUGUGUGCGUCCAACAAGAAGCAGGGAAAACAGGAAGCAGCAGAUGCCGCUCUACGAGUUCUGAUUGGAGAGGCUGAGAGAGCCGCCCGCACUGGGGAGCUCAUCCCAGCUGAGCUUCCAGUGAGUGGCAGCACUUUGCAUGACCAGAUAGCAAUGUUGAGCCACCAGCGUUUCAAUGCCCUGACCACGCGCAUCCAGCACAGCCUUCUGGGACGCAAGAUUCUUGCCACCAUCGUCAUGCGGAGGGGAGAGGGCCUGGGGACUGUUGUCAGCCUGGGAACUGGAAAUCGCUGUGUCAAAGGGGAGGAGCUGAGCCUUAAAGGAGACACUGUUAAUGAUUGCCACGCUGAAAUCAUCUCCAGAAGGGGAUUUGUUCGGUUUCUGUACCGUGAGCUGCUCAAGUACUAUGACGGCACAGACGACAGUAUAUUUGAGCCGGCAGAGGACAACAAACUGCAAAUCAAACCUGACAUCACCUUUCACCUCUAUAUCAGCACGGCACCUUGCGGUGAUGGCGCCCUGUUUGACAAGUCAUGCAGUGAAGCUGGGGAUGACACUGAGGGUCAUCAGCCUCUGUUUGAGAAUUCUAAGCAGGGCAAGCUCCGCACCAAAGUAGAGAACGGCGAGGGCACCAUCCCAGUGGAGUCAAGUGCCAUCGUGCCCACAUGGGACGGCAUCCAGCACGGCGAGAGGCUGCGAACUAUGAGUUGCAGUGAUAAGAUCCUGCGCUGGAACGUGCUGGGUCUGCAGGGGGCGCUGCUCACCCAUUUCCUGAAUCCCAUCUACCUGAAGUCCAUCACGCUUGGCUAUCUGUACAGCCACGGGCACCUGACGCGUGCUGUCUGCUGUCGACUUGCCAGAGACGGGGAAGCAUUCGGCCAAAGUCUCCCCACUCCCUUUACGCUGAACCACCCAGAGGUGGGCCGGGUGAGUGUGUAUGAUUCAACACGUCACACAGGCAAGACGAAGGAGUCCAGUGUGAACUGGAGUUUUCCAGACCAGCACAGCGUGGAGGUGCUGGAUGGGACCAAAGGCAAACUAGAUGGGAACAAACUGAGCGUGUCCCGAGUGUCCAAGUCCAAUCUGUUCGGUCUGUUCCGCUCUCUGUGCCAGCGCUGCGGCCGCACAGACCUCCUCGCCCUGCCCUCAUACUCCCAGGCCAAGAUGUCAGCCAUGUCCUUCCAGCUAGCAAAGCAACAGUUUUUCCGGGCUCUCAGCAUCCACGGUUACGGUGCCUGGAUUAGCAAACCACUGGAAGAGAAGAGCUUUGAGGCAGGGGAGGGAAAUGGGAACAAUGGAGCAAGUAUCCCUGUGGGAUACGGCAGCAGUAGAAACGGAGGAGCAAUGGAGGUAAAGCAAGAGGAGGCGUAGGACAGUUCAGGGUGUUGUUUAUAAGGGGGUGAUAUAAAUAUGUCGGGGGCAGGGGGCAGGAGCACAAGGCAGGAACAGAUUGAAGGGGAAAAAAAGGACAAUCAAACAACGUGUAGCCAGCAGCCAGAACUGUAUCUUGCGAUGGAACAUGGUUAAAGGCUGCAGAGGAAGAGCGAUGGGAAAGGACAGCAGACAUGAAAGGAAGAGGACAAAGCCUGGAGGAUGAGUAGGGUCACAGAGAACUAUGGAGAGAUGCACGGGGUGAACAGAAUAAUUUAAACACUAUAUGAAGAGUCACCAUGGUAAACACUGCUGCAAUUCUGGUUUGUUUUCGAUCUCUAUGAAUAAAUUUCUGCAAUUGAAUGUGGAAAUUGUCCCACCACGUGGAGAGGAUAGGAGUCGGAGGGCAUUGACCAAAACACAAACUUGGAACCUUUCUGCUAGGGUGACGAGGCUAGGUUUUUUUUUUUUAUUUAAGCAUUUUUCUUUAUCUGUACUCAUAUGCAGAUAAUUUAAGGGUUGUCCAUCAACUUCAACUCCAAUCUUCCAUAACAAGUUGCUAUUGUAAACAGUGACUGGCACAUGGAAGAUGAAGUCUCAUGCUGGUUACAGCAAAAGCCUCAAAACAUUGGCUGUUUCCCCCAGAGGCUGAGCCACUGACAGACGAAAGCAGAUGGGUUCUGAGGUUGAGUUGUAUUAGUUUGCAGAUCAGUUUGUGAGUUUGUCAGCUUCCUUUUUGGUGCUUAGAACUGGGUUGGAUUCCAUUUUUAGUUUUCACUUUGUCAUUGUAGUGUUUUUAAUACGUUGCUGUUAUUUUUCCACCGGUCUACUUGACAUGUGAACUCAUUUUUGCAGGUUCUCUGACCAUCGCCAUUGCAGUUGGGACCCAUUUGAUUUGGCUUCUGUUAGUUGUUGAAUAUCGGCAGGAGAGCUUGAGUAGCUGAGAAGUGCUGCUAAUUGGCAUCCAACCCAGCAUGACCCACUAUUGUAAAAGUGUUUGCAAUUGUGAUUAUGUUAAUUUUACAACUUUAAAUCCUCUUUCAUGAAGUGCUUAUAAUUUUUUUGGCUCCCCAAAAAUAAGAACAGCUGCCUUUUAAGCCAGCGAGCAGAAAUAAUGGGACCUUCGCAGCAGGUAGCUCAAUCUUUCACGCACCCUAGUUAGAUAUCAUAAGUAAACUUGAAAAGUAGUCCCAGCUUAUAUUGUACACAAGAGGCGUUCACUGUAAAUAAGAAUAUCAAUGCCAAAUUCUAUUCUGACCAAACACUCACUGUCAGAUAUUUGAGGCUGUAGCUUCUGUACAUACUCUGAAGCCUUCAAUCAGGCCCCUGUUCUGAGUACAGUUUUAAAGUUGCUGUUCUCCCUCAGCUGUGCAUCCACAUUUUGUUGGUAUGGGUACCAUUAAGCAUAGCAUCAGCCAGUGUGCCCCUUUGAUCAGCCCAUUGACCUCUGUGCUUCGUGUUUUUCUAUAGAAUUACUGAUGUCACAACCUCCAAGGAAUACAAAUGGUCUGUUCUUAUGCUAUGUUGUUUUCCCAGUGUGCGUUUGAGUAUUUCUCCUUUUUUCUUCACUUCUGUCUGUAAGUGCAUCAGCAGCUGGCCAUGCUAGCAAAUCCUGGAAAGUCUCAACUGUCCUGCCUGUUUGUUUUUGUUUUUCUUACAACACAAUUUGAAAAGACUUUUGGGUUCUCUUGCAUGGCCAGUUCUUGAGAACAGCUAAGUGAGGACAGUUCUGUUGUCUAAGGAGAGGUUGUUGUCUCUUGGUCUCCGUCUUUUUUGACAUGUAGAUGGAAUGAUGCAAUAUAUACAUCAGGUAUAUACAAAUACAUGAACACACAGAUGUACAAUGGGGUCCAGAAGCCUGAGUCCAGUUCCAGAAACUGUCAUUUGUUGAAAACCAACAAAUGUUUCGUCCAAUAAUUUAUUUGUAGUAAUGCUGUCAGGAAAAUAUUUUUUUUAAUUGAGGGAAGGUCAGAAUUUCUUGUCCUCUUUGCUCUUUUAUUGUGGAAGUUUAGUGCAAAAAGACAUCAGUUUUUUGGGGUUUGUUUUUGUAAAUCCACAGAUGAACAGUCAUUUAACAGUAUCUCUCUCACAUAUAUUAACUGUGGUGAUGUGCCUCUGUGGAACAUAUUGGCACCUCUUUAGUUGAUGUGUAGUUUGCUCUCAUACUGAGGUUCAAGUUUUAAUUUUUUACUUUUAAACUUAAGAACCAGUGGAAAUUAUUUUUUCAGUAGAACCUGCGGAAGGAAUUACAUAUUGGAGACAUAAUGUAGGAAAAUGGAUAUUGUUUUUAGUAUUCAUUGCAGUUCUUCAAAGGAGCAAUUUAUAAGACAUGGCCAGAAUUUUUGUUUAAAACAUCUAGAUAGUCUAGGAGCCCCAAUAGUUAAGGUUCACCUAGGAGAUUUAAGUAAAUCCAAUAACUUUACAAAAUGUCAAAAAAUUCAUUGAUGAUUGAUAGAAAUUAAUGAUUUAUACAUCUAUUAUUCUUGCUAGACAGUUAUAAAUAGAACCAUAUCUCUUCUGAAUCCACGUUUCUCCCUUUUACAGAACUAAGACCAGCUUAAACGCCUUGUUUUUGCUUUGUAAAACAAACUUAAUUGACUUCAAAUUCCACAUAAACAAAAUAAAACUCACCAAAACACUCUUGGUUUGUCUCUCCACCAUUUCCUCUGGUUUGGAUAACAUUAGUCCUCAGUUCAGACCAAGAUGUAUAAAUAUCCUGGCUCUCAUGCCUGUCCAGACCUCCUGUUGCUUUACAUCCGUGUAGUCAUAGUCCUGGUCCGAGCUGCUGUAAAUCACCCCUGUGCUGUAUCCCCGUUCUUCAAUCUAGCAUCAGAGGAUACGCCCAGUCCCAGUCUGGUGUCCAGCCAUGUUCAUGUGAGGCCACAUAGCUACCUGAGCUGCUUGAUAACUGUAGCUAGUCACUACAGCUAGAGAUGGUUAUAGCAAAGAGUAUCAGUUGUCAGCAGUUCCACUCCUGACUAUAGUUUUGGAUCUACCUUUUGAAUUCUGGACAUUUCUUAUAAGUUAUACCAUAAAAGAUGACAUUAUCUUGAUGAAGCUGAGGUCAUUUUUUUAUUUCAAUACUUUUGUAUUUUUUAUCUUUAAAACAGCAGUUCUUCAUAGUGGACUCAGACUUUUGGACCCCACUGUAUGCAAAACUGGAUGUUCGAUUAUAAAGCUGUAUAUAUGUCUGUGUGUGGAUGUAUUUGUAUAGGUUUAAUGUAUAUAUUUUGUAAAUCAUCUACAAUUGCUUUUCUAUAUUUUUUCCUGAUGUUUUAAUUAAUCUGCAAUGGAAUAUGCUGUUUUUUUACCAAUGAGGUUCAGAAAGUAAGAAAAAAAUAAUAAAUACGUAGCAUUGUUUCAGUGGA